AUGGCUUCAAGCGGGUCGGGCAGUAGUACCAACACCAUCAAAGUUGUUGCCAGAUUCCGACCCCAAAAUAAGGUCGAACUCGCCAGUGGGGGAGAGCCCAUUGUCGAGUUCGAGGGCGAUGACACAUGCAAGAUCAACUCAAAGGAGGCCGCAGGGGCCUUCACCUUCGACCGCGUUUUUGAUAUGGACUCCCAACAGCAGGAUGUGUUCGAUUUCUCCAUCCGCUCCACUGUCGACGACAUCCUCAAUGGCUACAACGGUACUGUCUUCGCCUACGGUCAAACCGGUGCGGGAAAGUCCUAUACGAUGAUGGGUUCAGAUAUCGAUGACGAGGCGGGGAAGGGUAUUAUCCCACGUAUUGUUGAGCAGAUGUUCGCUAGCAUCCUUGCCAGUCCCGGGAAUAUUGAAUACACAGUCCGUGUCAGCUACAUGGAAAUCUACAUGGAGCGCAUCAGAGAUCUCUUGGUGCCGCAUAACGAUAACCUCCCUGUUCACGAAGAGAAGUCGCGCGGUGUCUAUGUCAAGGGCCUGCUGGAAAUUUACGUCUCGAGCGUGCAGGAGGUUUACGAAGUUAUGCGCAGGGGUGGUGCCGCGAGGGCCGUCUCUGCAACGAACAUGAACCAGGAAUCUUCGCGAUCACACUCAAUUUUCGUCAUUACUGUAACCCAGAAGAACGUGGAGACCGGUUCUGCCAAGAGUGGUCAGCUGUUCCUGGUCGACCUGGCUGGCAGUGAGAAGGUGGGAAAGACUGGCGCAAGCGGCCAAACCCUGGAAGAAGCCAAGAAGAUCAACAAGAGUUUAAGUGCCCUUGGGAUGGUUAUCAAUUCGUUAACGGACGGCAAAUCCACACAUAUCCCCUACCGGGAUUCGAAACUUACCCGGAUUCUGCAGGAGAGUUUGGGAGGGAACUCACGCACCACUUUGAUAAUUAACUGCUCUCCCAGCAGCUAUAACGAUGCAGAGACGCUCAGUACACUUCGCUUUGGUGUGCGAGCCAAGGCCAUCAAGAACAAGGCAAAGAUUAACGCUGAGCUGAGUCCUGCGGAGCUGAAGAUGUUGCUUAAAAAGGCACAGAUGCAGGUUGUCACUUUUGAGACUUAUAUUAAUGCCCUGGAAUCGGAAGUUCAACUUUGGCGAGCUGGGGAGUCGGUACCCAAGGAGCGGUGGACGCCAGCAAGGACUGCUGAGGGACUGAGUGGCGUCAAGGCCGAAGCACGGGGAACUCCGCGUUCGGGGACCCCAUCUCGUCCACAGGCGGAUAUCUCAAAAUCAGAGACUCCUAGCCGGCCCGAUUCGAGAAUGGGCGAACGCUCCAGCACCCCCAGCAUCGUUCUCGAGAAGGAUGAGCGCGAGGAAUUUCUGCGACGGGAAAACGAACUCCAGGAUCAACUUACUGAAAAAGAAACACAAAUUACCAAUACCGAGAAGGAUCUGAAAGAAAAGAAGGAGGAGCUGAAGCUCCUCAAGGAAAACACAAUACGCACGGGAAAAGAUAAUGAGAAGCUUAACACAGAGGUCAGUGAGCUUCGCAUGCAACUAGAGAAGGUCUCGUAUGAGAGUAAGGAAGCGGGUAUCACCAUAGAUACUCUGAAGGAGGCCAAUCUUGAACUCACAGCCGAACUCGAUGAGUUGAAGCAGCAGCUUCUUGACGUGAAGAUGAGUGCCAAGCAAACUAGCGCAGCUUUGGAUGAGAAGGACAAGAAGAAGGCCGAACGCAUGGCGAAGAUGAUGGCUGGGUUUGACCUGGGGACGAACUUGUUCUCAGACAACGAGCGGAAAAUCCAGAAGCUGGUUGAUCGGGUUGAUGCGCUGCAGGCGUCCAACGAGGCCGGAGAGGCCAUAGCGGCCGAUGACCUCGCGGAACUCAGGACCAGUCUUAUCGAAGCGCAGGGAUUUGUUCGACAGGCGGAGCUGACUGUUAACGACCGGAGCAUCUACCGGGAGUUGCCGGACAACAAACGGGUGGAGCUUGAGGACCGUAUUGCUGAUUUGCAACGCCAGUAUGAGGCAGUGCUGGAGAAUGGGCUGAGCAAGGCGGACGUGGAAGACCUUAAGACCCGCCUUGGCGAGGCAUAUAAGGGACGGGUGGAACAUGAGUCGAACAUGAUCGAAGAGCUUCGGAGCGAACUGACGCAACGAGGAGAUGAGCUCGAGCGCUUAAGACAGACUGUUGCCGAGUUACAGUCCCGCGCUCAAACCAACGGUGCAGCGGUCAAUGGCGCACCAGCAAUCAAUAGCAAGACGCUCCAGCAGCAAAUUGCGGAUUUCGACAUCAUGAAGAAGUCGCUAAUGCGCGAUUUGCAAAACCGGUGUGAGCGGGUGGUUGAGCUGGAGAUCUCUCUGGAUGAGACCCGCGAGCAAUACAAGAACGUGCUGCAGUCGUCGAACAACAGGGCACAGCAGAAGAAGAUGGCGUUCCUGGAGCGCAAUCUGGAGCAGCUAACACAUGUACAGCGGCAGCUCGUGGAGCAGAACGGCAGUCUCAAACGCGAGGUGGCGAUUGCGGAGCGCAAACUCCUCGCACGCAAUGAGCGGAUUGAGAGUCUGGAGGCACUGUUGCAGGAUUCUCAGGAGAAACUCACGGCUGCUAAUCAUCGCUUCGAAGCCCAACUCACAGCCGUCAAGGAGCGCCUAGAAGCCGCCAAGGCCGGGUCAACGCGGGGACUUCCCUCCUCCGACUCUGCGGGAUUCAGCUUCGGCGGGUCACGGAUAGCAAAGCCCCUCCGUGGUGGCGGCACCACGGUCUCGAAUGGUGGAGUUGUCAACCCUACACUCUCCGGUUUGCAGUUGCAGGAGAACUCGUCUGGGUCUGGCCCAGCCAAUGCGAAACGGUCCAGCUGGUUUUUCGAUCGGCGAUGA